AUGAAUUCAAAUGCAUCUACUGUAGAAAGCGGUUCCACUAUUCAACAGAUACCAGAAGUCGUAAUACCGUCUAAUUCAGCUCCACAACGACUAUGGAAACGCGGUUUUGUGGUUGGAGUAAGGGAAAUAAGCACAAAGAUUUUUUUAAAACAAACGUAAUUUUAAGAUAAUAUAAAAUUUCAGAUGUUGAAAAAUAUUUUUAACGGCGAAAAUGGAAAUACGACAUUUCAACGACAGUUGAGUGAUAUUGAUACAACAGGUCAGAGUAAUGGAGAACUAUUAUCACAAAACAGGUAUGUAAUAAUAGUUGUAAGCGCUUUCUAUAUUUAAGUUAAAUAAGGUUCGCCCAGAAAAACACUGGGAUAAUUCGAACUUGUUGAAAAACUUCCAUUGAUGUAGUACUUGAGUAAAGAAUUGUAAAAAUGUUUAAAUUUUUAAAAAGUCGGGUUACUGUUGGAUUACGAUCGAAUUUACGAUUUUUUUGUAACUUUUGUAUUAAGUGUCAGAAUUGCUUUGUUUUUUCUAUGCAACAAUAAUUCUAGAUGUUAACAACUUUUUUCCUAUAACACCCAAAAAGCACUGAAACAAAUUAAAAGAUAAAAAAAUAAUACAUUUACAAAAAUGAAAAUUUCUGAGAAAAAAAACUUCUGCAAAAACGUUUGACAACAGAUGGCACCAAUGUUUGUACUGGUGUAUGGCCAGCUUGUACAUAUGGUCUGAGGGAGUGUUCGCCCACCGCACCGCAUGCUAUGCCACAAAACGCAAUGUUCAAGGUGAUUAGUAUAUCAACGCUUUACUAUACUGAGAUAUUGUAUUCUUACAGCAUCAUUUACCCAUUUGGAACUCGGUUUUGCGAGAAAAUACGCAAACUUCUUAAUUUUUGACACAGAACGCCAACGUUUUGUGAGGAGGUCUUUUAAAUAAAAACUUUUGUUCAAAGCUUUUCAAAACUCAAAAGUAAUCCUGCAAUAACCCGUUUUUUUCUAAAUUUUUGUGUUUAUAUUCUUUUAUUUGGCUACUACAUCCGUACAACAAAUGAAAAUUUUUAAACUAGCUUGAAUUUUUUGUAACCCCCCCCUGAACCAUAUGAUUUUUGAACGAACUUUUAUAUUUAUUAACUAGGCUUCAGCACAUAGUGAAAAUCAAGCUACGACUAGCGGUAUCUACCAAAUUAAAGAUUAUAAAAUUCUAAGACAUGUGGUAAAAACAUUAGCUGCCAACAAUCUCGAAAAAAAAAGUUACAGUAACUCAAAGAUUUUUUCAUAGUUUGCAAUUUUGAACACCUGAGCAUUUAAAUUAAAAAAGUAAAUAUAACAGUUGAAAGAGCACAACAAAAAACGUUACUGUGCAAAUUUUGACUUAGAUAUAGUAGUGGGAAGAUACAACGAUUUAUUAUAAAUUUUACACGUUACAGUAAUCUUCUCAUAACUCGUUAAUUAGUAGUCCGAAUAGCGUAAAAAUUUGCAAAUAGACAUUUUAAAGAUUAUUCAUCAACUAGUGUACCUAGUUUUUAAAAUCCUUGCAGUGUCAUAAUUUAAAUAUCAGGAAAACGUUUGGGUUACAGUAACUUUUUUUCGAGAUUGUUGGCAGCUAAUUUCUUUCCCACAUAUCUUAAAAUUUUUUGCUCUUCAAUUAUAUGUACAACUAGCCAUAACUCCAUUUUCACUAUGUGCCAAAACUAGUAAGUUUACUAAUAAACAAAAAAAGUGAAAGGUAGUCUAUUAUUUAAAAAGUAAUUUUUUUCGAUAAGCAAUGCUUUCCUGUUUUACGACAGACUCGAAAGUAUCUUUGAUCACAACUGAGCGAGGGUUUUCAUUUUUACGCCGGCUCUCUUUCCCACUUUUUUCCGCGUAAAAUUUCAUGAAAAACGUAAAAUUGUGAAUAUAAUUUAUAAGCAAGAACGAUUAGCAGUAUAUUGGUACAAAAUGCCGAGCGGUGGGGGUGGCCUUCUACAGAAGCUUUGUGCAAAAAUUUUUUUUGAAUUUAUGCCUUGUAAAUAAAAUAAAUAAAGUAAAGUUUUUACGCCUUUAUUUGAGCUACACUUAAUUUUCUAGUUUUACACAUAAUAAAUAUUUUGACGUUUUCUUUCAGCAACUUCAAUAUAGCUUUUGAUGAACAAAGUUUGUGUGUAUUUUACUGGGACAUAGUAAUUUUUUUUGUCAACAUGUACAAUUUGUUUUCUAUUCCGUUUCCGGCAUUUGAUGACGUGUUUACUUACCAUUACAACCUAUGGAUGAGUUUUAACAUUAUUGCAGACAUUAUUUUUUUGGUGGAUAUACCAGCACGUUGCUUUGUUUGUACGUUUUUUUGUAUAGAUAAUUAUCUUAAAAUACAUUAUAUUACUUUUUUAGCUACAUAUGUAGACGGAUUAAUAGAACGCAACAUUAAAAUAAUUGCAAAACAGUAUAUCAAGAGGUAAGUUAGUUUUGAAUGUCUUACAGCAAGGGGCAAUCGUGAGGUUAAAAUUAAUUUUUUAAAGUAUUUUCUAAAAAUGUGCUAAAUUUCAGCGCUGACUUUAUUCUUGAUAUUGUAUCUGUGUUGCCAACUGAUGCAGUAAUACAAAAAUAUCGUUACCUGCACAUGAUACGAAUCUUUACUCUUGCUAAAACAUAUCGUGUAUACUAUUUUUUAAACCGGGUACAGAUGCAUACUAAUUGGCCUAACGUUAUUGUAAUGGCUAAGGUCAUUAUACCUAUUGUAUUUAUCUUUCACUGGAAUGCAUGCGGAUACUUUGCUUUAAGCUUAUAUUUUGAAGUUGAUGAUUCGGAAACUAACAACUGGCCUUUUGCAUUUACAAAAAUUAUGGAUCCUGUGGUCUCUGAAUGUAAUGAUAUGCCAUGGUCUUUGCAAUGCGAUUUGGAAAACAAAAUAUUAAGUAUCGAAAAUACAACAGACUAUCUUAAAAUUAGGUAAAAUUUUGUAAAGCUUCUUUUGUAAAACUUUGGUAAGAUUUCUUGCUUAUUUUUUGAAUAAAAAAUAUUAGUAAAAAACAGGUAAAAUUUUAAAUUAUACACCUUUUUUAGAAAAUAUACUUUAACGUUCACAAGCUUAGUAAAAAAAUACGUUCUAAGUUUUUACUGGUCAUCAAUGACUAUCACAACUCUCGGCGAACAACCAGAACCUGACAACAAUACCGAAAACAUGUACGAAGUGGUCAAUACCGUAAUUGGUAUAUUAAUUUUUGGUGCCAUUAUGGGAUCGGUUGCAGAAAUUGUCAAGAAUGCUAAUCGUGUUAACCGAGAGUUGAAAAGCAACCAAGAUCUUGCCAAAAUUUAUAUGCAGAAUCGAAGGGUAGAAGAAAGUGUACAGAAGAAAGUGUUUGGAUAUUUUGAUUUUACUAUUGGAGAGCAAUGGGUGUUUGAUGAUCCGGUAUGUUAGCUGACAUUCAAAGACUUAUUUUUAGACUCGGGAUUCAUUAUUAACAACAGCGCUACAACAUGAAAUUCAAACACAAGUGCUUUCAAAAUAUUUACGGAACAUGGCAUUGUUUACAGUAAGUUUCAAAAAAGCAUUGUUUUAAUUGGCAAUUGCACAAAAACAAUACAAAAAUCAACAUAAACGAUGUUUUGAAAAAAAAUUUAGGAUUCCACAGACGUAUUUUUACAAGAACUUAUAAUGCAUUUCCAUACACAACUCUACGGCCCAAACGAUUGUUUAUGUACCACAGGGGAUAUUUGUCGUGUAAGUCUAAUAUAAUACAAAAAUAAACGUCUUUUCAGGAGGUUUUUAUAGUUGAAACUGGAUUUCUCAUAGAAAUAUCAAAAAACGAAAUCAUACGAAAAUUAAAAAAAGGUGAUGUUUUUGGAGAGCUCAACAUGAUAUACCAACCAGAACACCGUCAUGAAGAUCGCCGAAGCACGACCUUAAUAUCAGUUGGUUUUAGCGAAGUAUAUGUCUUACCGGUUGAGAAAUUUCGGAAAUUACUUAAAGAUUUUCCAGAUUAUGCAAAAGCGCUUGAUUUUAAGAGUAAGUCACGUUUUUUGUGUGAAACAUUUUAUUUUUCAAUUGAAAAUAAUUAUAAAUAUAACGUUUUAAUAAUAAUAUAGUAUGAGCUGAGCACAAGGCGCGGGAUGAAGAGGGAGGGGGGAGGGGGGGGGGUACCCCCACCCUCUCCUUAAAAAAUUGAAAAAGUUACACUUACUUUCCCUGUCAAUAUUCGGAACGAAAUUUGAGCAAAAGUAUACAUAGUAGGAACUGAAAACAGUCUUGGACGCAGGACAGGGUGCCCUGUACCAUGCCCGGUUACAGAGUAUGGUAGGGCAUGGUUAGGGCAUCUUUUAAAUUUUUUUUAAAGGGCAGGGCAUGGUACAGUUUGGAACAGGGCAGGGCAUUAUGCCCUGCAUUACCCCGCAAAUGCCCUGUUUUUGUCAUGGUAAGUUUUGGCGGACGGGCGCUAGGACAAAUGCGGUUUUUAGACACUUGCGGAUCUUCGGUUUUUGGACACUUGCGGAUUUUGGACAUUUGCGGAUUUUUUAAAGGAUUUUUUUUAUUUUUUAGUAAAUUUAUUUGUAUUAUGGUACUAAAUUGUACUAAAUUUUGAAUUGGUACGGUUUUAACAUAACAGUACCUUUUUGGGCUUUUAGUACCAUUUAGUACCAAAAAUAUAAAAACAGUACCGAUUCAAAAUUUAGUACUAUUUAACAUUAAGAAAUAUCAAGACAGUGCCAAUUUAAACUUUAGUACCAUUUAGUACCAUACUAAAACUAAAUUAAAUAAAAAAUAAAAAAAAACCCCUUUAAAAAAUCCGCAAAUGUCCAAAAUCCGCAAGUGUCCAAAAACAGAAGAUCCGCAAGUGUCCAAAAACCGCAUUUGUCCUAGCGCCGGCGGACGCCUCUGCCGAGCGGUCGAUAAUCGGCGGACGCCAUAACUUGGUUAUUUUAGUAGCUGGAAACAUGUAUUUUAAUUCAGAAGUUAUUAUAUGUCAUAGGCUACAAAUAAAAACAUAUUUUUAUGCCUUUAAAAGUAGUAUUUUUAUCGACCGGUUGAUAAUUUUUAGUAUAUCUUAAUUUCAUAUUUUAUACAUAUUCUUGUCGCACAAUUCUAAGAAAAAACACAAUUCUAAGAAAAAACUGUUUUUUUUUCGUACAAAUUAAACAUUUGUAAAUUAUCGACCGGUCGAUAACAAUAUUGCUUUCAAAAACAUAAAUUACUGCCUUAAUGUGUAGAUUAUGACAAAUAACAACUUCUGCGCUUAACUACACGUUUCUAGCUGCUAAACUAACCAAGUUAUGGCGUCCGCCGAAUAUUGACCGCUCGGCGGAGGCGUCCGCCAAAAUAUAUUCAAAUGCCCUGUAAAUGCCCCCUGAUGCCCUGCAGGACAAGGGCAUGGUAGGACAGGGCAUGAAAGUCGAAUGCCCUGUGUCCAAGCUUGCCUGCGAGCCAACGAAUUUUUUGACUUUUCCACUAAAAAAAUCUACGCCCGGCACUGACCGUAGUGUUUAAAAAAUUUUGCAAUUUGUUGAAUAUUUUUCGCAGUUUAGCCCGUGAAAUGCUGGAAGCUCAAAAUCUUUUACGAUCUGACGAAGAAAUGAUGAAUGCACGUUACAGAGAUGAAUCUUAUCAUGAUGUAAACGAUCGUUUAGAACAAAUAAAAAAACAAGUAAGAGUGCAAGUACAAUAAUAUACUUAUACAUUUUUGUCAGAUCUUAAGUUUUGUUUAAUUAAAUAAAUCUUUCAAUUUCAGCUUACAACUUUAAGUUUUGGACUUAGUACACAAUCAAAUGUAAUAAUGGUAAGUUUUAAAUAAAAGUUUUUUAUUAUUGAUUUAGCGUCACUAUAAAGAAUUGGAUAAGCGAGUACAAAGGCUUGAAUUUGUGCGUCAUGGGAACAGAACUGUUAAUACUGUAAAACUUAUAUGA